UGUCCGGACGUCUCCGAAUAGAAAGACCGUGAACGCAUCACCAGCUGAUAAACACAGUUUAUUUGUGGAGCUGAACAGAUGGAGUCUGCAGGUCAGCGAGGGCGGGACGGCGGCGGUCUGCGGCGCUCCCCUCUCGACCUCAUCAUGAACCAGAUUCGCAGGAAGCGCACGGCGUCAGACAGGAAGCCACUGGGACGCUUCCUGUCCCGAGACCGGACGGGGAUCCCGGAGGACGGGGAGGGGGAGGGCAGGGAGGAGAGAGGAGUCGGCUCAGGCGUUGCCGAGGCGGCCGAGGGCGAGCGAGACGUCGGUUGGGGGCGAGUCUGUGUUUUCCUGCAGAAGUUGGGGAAGAAGACCGACAGCAGGAGCCUCAGUCUGUCUCACUGUGAUCUCACCGCCACAGACCUGCUGGAGUUAGCGACGUUGCUCCAGUUCCUCCCUCAGCUGGAGGAGCUGGACGCUUCGUGGAACGAGCUGAUUGGUGGAUGUCUGACAGCGCUGACCUCUCACCUCCAGCAGGUGGGCGGGAUCAGAGCGCUGAGGCUCUGCAGCUGCAGGCUGAACGCCGACGACGUCACUGCACUGGGUGAAGCUCUCGGCUGCCUUCCUCUCUUGGAGAACCUCGAUUUGUCCUGGAACGGCGGCGUUGGUGGCGGUGCUUUGCAAGGCCUUCUGGGUAAACUUCACCCUCCACUGAGGGAGCUCCACCUGGUGGCCUGCCAGCUCACUGCAGCUGAUGCCACAGUUCUAGGAGGAGUCGUGUCUUCUCUCUGCGGUCUCUGUGUUCUGGACGUCUCCUGUAAUCCUCAGCUCACACAGGAAGUUGAUGUCGGCGGUUUCAGAGCGUUGGCGUCCUCUCUCUCUCACGCCGCCGCCCUCGCCACGCUUCGACUACAGGCCUGCGGUCUGACCACGGACAGCCUGGAAGCUCUCGGUGGUUCGCUCCGCUGCCUCCCCUCCCUGCGAGAGUUGGACCUGUCCUGCAACAAAACUCUGUCCGGAGGCCUGGACCGCCUCACGCCACACCUGGCUCACCUCACACACCUGGAGAGCCUCGACCUCCACCUGUGCCGUCUCACACCUACCGACCUGGAGGCCCUGAUCCAGGUGAUUCCGUCUCUGGCGGCGAUGACGCAGCUCGACCUCUCGUCCAAUAAGGAGGCAGGGGGCGUGGUCAACCCGCUGGUCGCCGCCCUCCCUCUGACGCAGAUGAGGCGUCUGCCGCUCAACAGCUGCGGCCUGAACCACGAGUCCUUUACUGCUCUGGCUCUGGCCGUGCCGUUCCUGCGCUGUGUGGACGUGUCCUGGAGUAAAGUGGUCGGUGGUCGUUUGGCUCUUCUGCUGGACGCUCUGCAGCCGUCAGUCAUCCUGGAGCUCCACCUCAGCAGCUGUGAGCUCACCACCGACGACCUGCGUCACCUAGCUGCCGUGUGCAGACGUGGCUGUCUGUCCUCUCUGCAGACGUUGGACGUGUCCUACAACGGCUCCGUUGGUGACGACGGCUGGUCCUCCCUGUUCGCGGCGGGAGGCCUGUCCUCGCUGCAGGACGUCGACCUCAGCCUCCGACCUUUGACCUCGGCCUCCUGCUCCGCCUGGCUGCCGGCGCUGCUCGCCGCUCUGCCCCGCCUCCCGGCUCUGACCCGGCUGGCGGCUCAGCGCUGGACCCUCGGCUCUCAGGAGAGAAAGCAGCUGAACCACCACCUGAGGAAGAGGAGCGUCCUGCUGGAGUGGGACGAAGAAGCAUCAUCGUCAUCGUCAUCGUCAUCAUCGUUUGAGGCGACCAAUCAGGAGAGUCCAGAGGAGUAA